AUGUUUAUCCGAGAAGUUGGAGUACCCCGCUCCACUCGCACGGAGCAGAGCAGGGAGACCUCCACACGGAACACACACUCAAGCACUGCUACACCUUUCUGGAAUGAGUGCAGCUGCAGGCAGACAGACGCAGACACACAGGGCAGGCACCUGGGACGUCCCAGCGGUGGAAACAUCUCGUCAUCUCCUCGGGCUUUUGUCACAACUCAACUAAGGCUCUUGUCACUCCCCCGAGAAGUACCAUCCUCUCUGCUCAGGGAGUUCCUGAUCCAUCACUGCAAAGCCUUCUGGGAAACUCCAGACCCCUCUCCAUGGGCUCCACCUCCUGCUGACAGACCUGGGGUGACCGGGGGGACUGGUAAAUGA